GAUAAAAAUGACAGACAAGUACCAUGAAUUAUCCAGAGCACAGCUUACCUGUGACUAUCUUCAUGCAAACUCAACUACGCAUGAAUUCGUCUUUGGAGCAUUGGCAGAAUUGGUGGAUAAUGCAAGAGAUGCUGAAGCAACACUCUUGAACAUUUAUACAGAAACCAGUGAUGAAAUAAGAGGAGGGUUUAUGAUGUGUUUUCUGGAUAAUGGUAUUGGUAUGAAUCCAAGUGAAGUAGCAGACAUUAUUCAUUUAGGAAAGUCUAUAAAGAGAACUUCAAAGUCCCAACUUGUUGGACAGUAUGGAAAUGGAUUGAAGUCUGGUUCAAUGAGGAUAGGAAUGGAUUUCAUUCUCUUUACCAAAAAAGACAAUACCAUGACGUGCAUCCUUAUGUCUCGAACUUUUUAUGAGAAAGAAGGUAUUGACGAGGUGAUUGUGCCGAUGCCAUCCUGGUAUGUUGCAACUAAGGAACCCAUGUUGACAGACAAAGAAAAAUUCUCCCUUGAAAUUGCACUCAUUCAUAAAUAUUCUCCAUUUAAAAAUGAGUUUCAUAUGAUGCAGCAGUUUAAUAAAAUUACAGGAGCAAGUGGAACUUUAGUCAUCAUCUAUAACAUGAAACUGAAUGAUGAUGGAGUACCUGAACUAGAUAUUGAAACAGAUGCUUCUGAUAUACUGCUGACAGGAAUGAUAGCCAGUGGAAUCCAACCAGAACAAUAUUCCUUUAGAGCCUAUGCUGCAAUAUUAUAUAUUGACCCUCGCAUGAAGAUCUUUAUCCAGGGGCAUAAGGUUCACGCUAACUGCCUCAUCUAUUCCUUGUAUAGACCUAGGAAGUACACUUAUAUCGCCAAAGGUUUCAAAGUACGUGCUUUGAGAGAGGUAAAGGAUGCAGAACAUGCUGUGAAAAUAGCAGAGGAACAUACGCAUGAAGCAAGAUUUAAAGUGAAGGAGUUAGAAAAGUCCUGUGACGAUAACAUGAAAACAAAGCUGGAUAAAUACCCAAUCACUUGCAUAGAGAACUUACACACAAAAGUGCUCCCCUUCAUGAAGCUGAACAUGAGCCAUGCAUACCUGCAAGUGCGAUUAGAUGAAGAUUUCCAGACGUAUGCUACAAUUAAUACCCAUAAGGCAUCGAAGAAACCACUGAAGACAAGAUGGACACAAGAACUGUCGCAGCUGUUGCCACCUAAAGAAGAUGAAUUUCAGUCGAAACACUCCUGGUGUAAGAGGCAGGCUAUGGUCAGGUACACGCUGCCAGUAUCCAAAGCAGAAUCUGGAGAACCAGACCUGGUGCAAAAACGCACAUUUGGAAUGAGGGCUUGUCGCGGUGUUGUGGGUGUUGUCGAUGUACCCAGUGUGAUGAUGGAGCCUACUCAUAAUAAGCAAGACUUUGCAGAUGCCAAAGAAUACUCCAGUUUGCUUCGCAUUAUGGGUCAAUUUCUGUAUCAGUAUUGGAAGGAUCUUGGCAUUGCCCAAAUGGGAGUUGUAAAAUUUUGGAAUGAGUUUGGAUAUUUGUCAACAAACUGGAACUUGUCACCUUCCAAUGCACUUCAGUACAAGAGGAAACGUGCCAUUGAAAUUCCAGUUAUAAUGCAGUGUGACAUCUGUCUAAAGUGGAGAAAUUUGACAUCCAACUUGGAUAUAAAUGACAAAAUAUUUUCUGACAUCUGGGUUUGCUCCAUGAACCAAAAUCCACAGCAAAAUAGCUGCGAUCUACCAGAACAGUUACCCCAUAUUCCGUUUGGAACUCCACUAAGGGGAUCAGUAAUGUCUGAUGAAAGGAAAGAACUAUUGGAAAAAGCAGUUCAUCGGCACUGGGAAAAUGUAGCUGCCUUACAAUUUCAGAAAACCUCUCCAAUCAAGCCCUUAACAUUCAAAUUGCCACCAGACUUACACAGGAAGUCUAUUUCUAAGGACAUUGCUUCCUCAAAAUCUAAUCCAUUCCCUUUACCUUUUUCCACUCGAAAAAGACGACUUCCAUCUUUUUCUACCAAACAUAACAGAAGGUCAGAAUCUUCAGAAAGCAUUCCCUUGUCCCAGACCAAAUGCUACAAAUCAUCAAGAAAUGGGAAAACAUUAAGAAUCAAUGGAAAAUCUAGAUCCGCUCCUGUAAGCUUGGAAAAACAAUCCUACAGUUCUGUGAAUUCUACUGAAGAAGAAGCUAUUGUGAAGACGCUCCUGCUUCCAGUUAAUAAAGUCCACAGUGAAGAUCCUGUACUGUUGAGCAGUGACUACAUGGCACAAGCAUUAGUAAAGAAGGAACCUCUGAAGGAUGGAGUUAGUGUUGAGUCCAUGUGUUUCCAUUGGGAAGUAAAGGAAAAUAUAAUAGUUUCUUCUGGUAGUGAAAGUUUCCAGAGCAAAUGUGUGCAGGAUGGCAGUACUGGUGGCUCAUUUUCUGCUCCUUGCAGCAUAGCAGACCAUGUAUAUAUUAAAAAGCCUGGUAUCAGUAAUGAAACAGUAGAAGGAAUUGUAUCCAGUUUUCGGAAUCUCCUGAGUCACUUCUUACCACCAAACUAUCAUAUUUCAAAGGAGAAGCUUAAUUGUAUGGCAGCAGAAGAACUUGUUACUUUCCCCAUUCAUCACUAUUUUUUCAAUUAUGAGAAGAGUUUAAGAGAACGACUCCAAUCUUCAUCUGAAAAUGUGAUCACAAGAACUCAGGAAAUGGAGCAGAAGCUACAUCAGGCUGUAACAAAGCUGAUAAAAAUUAAAGAGAAGUUGAAUAUUUAUCGACAGCUCACUGUGCAAUUAUUGAACAAGGUUCAUACUCCAGUUACAAAGCAAUCUGAAGAUAACUGA